CGUUUUUUGUUAAAUGUGAUUGGUUACUGUGUAGUGAAUGUGUUUCUUCAGGUAAAGAAAAACUAAAACAUGAUUUUGAGUGUGAGAAAUGGCGGCACAAUCCAACGGUUUUGUACAGCUUCCAUUUCAUUGCUCGAGAAACCAGUGGAGAAGACUAUUCAGGUGGUCACAUUUGAUACCAACUCUCACCUACGAAGUCUCAUCAAUGCCGGGAAUUUGCGUGUUGCUCGCCAAGUGUUUGAUAAAAUGCCGCACAGAGAUAUUGUUUCAUGGACAGCUAUCAUUAAAGGAUACGUAACUGCAAACAAUUCUGACGAAGCAAUGAUUUUGUUCUCUGCAAUGCGUGUUGUUGAUCCUGCUGUCUCACCUGAUACCUCUGUGGUAAGUGUUGUACUCAAGGCUUGUGGUCAAAGUUCCAACAUUGCAUAUGGAGAAUCUUUACAUGCUUAUGCGGUGAAAACAUCGCUGCUUAGCUCUGUAUUUGUGGGAAGUUCUUUACUGGAUAUGUAUAAGAGAGUUGGAAAGAUCGAGAAGAGUUGCAGAGUUUUUAGUGAAAUGCCUUUUAGAAAUGCUGUAACAUGGACAGCGAUCAUUACGGGGUUGGUUCACGCUGGUCGUUACAAGGAAGGUCUUACGUACUUUUCUGAAAUGUCGAGCUCCGAAGAACUAUCUGAUACUUUCACAUUUGCUAUUGCCUUGAAGGCUUGUGCUGGUUUACGUCAAGUUAAAUACGGUAAACAGAUUCAUACUCAUGUGAUAGUGAGAGGCUUUGAUGCCACUGUUUGGGUGGCUAACUCGUUGGCGACAAUGUACACAGAAUGUGGGGAAAUGCGGGACGGACUUUGUUUGUUUGAAAAUAUGAGUGAGAGGGAUGUGGUUUCGUGGACAAGCCUUAUCGUGGCUUACAAUCGAAUAGGUCAUGAAGAAAAAGCUGUGGAGACAUUUAUAAAGAUGAGAAAUUCUCAAGUACCUCCUAAUGAACAAACUUUUGCAACGAUGUUUUCUGCGUGUGCAAGUCUUUCUAGACUUGUGUGGGGCGAGCAGCUCCACUGUAAUGUUUUCUCUCUAGGUCUAAAUGAUUCUUUGUCAGUGAGUAACUCGAUGAUGAAAAUGUAUUCAACAUGUGGGAAGUUAGACUCUGCUUCUGUUUUGUUUCAAGGAAUGAGAUGCAGGGACAUUAUUUCGUGGAGCACGAUUAUUGGAGGAUACUCUCAAGCCGGUUUUGGAGAAGAAGCUUUUAAGUAUUUCUCAUGGAUGAGACAAUCAGGGCCAAAACCAACAGAUUUUGCUCUUGCUAGUUUGCUGAGUGUUUCAGGAAAUAUGGCAGUUCUUGAGGGAGGCAGGCAAGUUCACGCACUUGCUUUUUGUUUUGGUUUAGAACAGAACUCCACGGUUCGUAGUACUCUCAUUAAUAUGUACUCGAAAUGUGGAAAUAUCAAAGAAGCUUCAAAGAUAUUCGAAGAAACAGAUAGAGAUGAUAUUGUUUCUCUGACAGCUAUGAUCAAUGGAUAUGCAGAACAUGGAAAGAGCAAAGAAGCUAUUGAUCUGUUUGAGAAGAGUCUAAAAGUUGGUUUCAGUCCCGACUCUGUAACUUUCAUCAGCGUUCUCACCGCGUGUACUCAUUCGGGACAGCUUGACCUUGGUUUUCACUAUUUCAACUUGAUGCAAGAGAAGUAUAAUAUGAGACCAGCCAAGGAACAUUAUGGUUGUAUGGUUGAUCUGUUAUGUAGAGCAGGACGGCUAAGUGAAGCAGAGAAGAUGAUUGAUGAGAUGUCAUGGAAGAAAGACGAUGUAGUCUGGACCACACUUCUCAUAGCGUGUAAGGCCAAAGGAGACAUUGAACGUGGGAGAAGGGCGGCCGAGAGGAUUCUAGAGCUGGAUCCUACUUGUGCAACUGCACUUGUAACACUAGCCAAUAUAUAUUCAAGCACAGGGAACUUGGAAGAAGCUGCGAAUGUAAGGAAGAAUAUGAAAGCAAAAGGCGUGAUCAAAGAGCCCGGAUGGUCAUCAAUUAAGAUCAAGGAUUGCGUUUCAGCAUUUGUAUCUGGCGAUCGGUUCCAUCCUCUAAGUGAAGAUAUAUACAAUAUCUUGGAAUUAGUAGUAUCUGGUGCAGAAGCUCAUAGAUUUGAUUGUACAAUAAAGAGGGUUUUUGGGGUUUAUUCAUAUUCCUGAAAAUACAAUUAAAAUUUUCUCAUAAUUUAAAUUGUUGUUUAAUCUGCU